UUCGCAACUCGUAAGUUAUUUUUCAUCAAAAUAAACCGUAACCCGAUUUAUUGGGUUAUUUUCUAUUUCGGGAAAGGAAACAAAAUGGAGUGCAUGCAUUGAUGAUGUCAGUGCUGAGUUUAAUACCUGAAGACAAGAAGAAAGAGCAAAGAAAGGAGUCGCUUGAGAGCGUGUACAGCAGUAACUCCAGAUUAAAUCUGCUAAAUAAACGCAAGAGAUUGAACCCGCUCAUAGAGGCAAUGUCUAACCAGUCACUGAACGGCCGCGCCGACAGAUAUGUCACUCAGAGGGUGCUGUCAGCGAAGACGCAUAGGGUGAAGCAACUGCAGAAUCAAUUGGCAGACGCUCACUACCACUUGCAAGAGCUUAGCAACGAGAAUCGUGUACUACGGGCAUUACAAAAGAAACAAGAAAUCGCUCUACAAAGGUAUGAGAACUCAAAUGCGGAACUGCCUCAAGUUCUGAACUCUCACAAUGAAGAGAUGAGAGUACAACAGAGCAAGUAUAAACAACUGAAACAGCAGUUCAAAGAAGUAACCCAGAAGCUGAAAGAACGGGACAUGCAACUGCAGCAUUUAAAAGAUGAACACCAGCAUUUACUUGAAUUGAGUAAAGAUAGAAAUCUUCUAGAACGUGAAAAACUUCAAGCCCAAGUAGCAGAUCUGACGCUUAAAGUUCAAAGUCAAAAUGAAACUAUUAGUAUGCUACAACGUCGGAUUGCACUCGAAGCGAAGAAUUUCAAACAUCAGCUUCAAAAUGAAAUUAACAAACACAAAGACACAAGACAUGAUCUGGACCUUGCUAUCAGUAAUGCUGAUAAAUUAUCCACUAUUAUAGAGAUGAAAGAGAAGAUGCUUAGUACAGCUGUGAGUCGCUCAGCUAAGUCUCCAACAAAAUCGUCAUCCACUAUGAAUAUUACUCGUCCAAUCAGUAAAACUAAAACAAAUCAAGAGAGUUUUAAAGCGGACGAUAGAAAUAACGAACAAACAUUAUUAGCAAAGCUUUGUGAGAAUUCGCGGAAUAUUAACAGCGCUUUAUCUCACGAUGAAGAUACAUCCUCCUCUACGGAACCUCGUUCCCGUUAUGUUACAAGUAGAACAAAUUCAACAAUUAGUCGAUCUGCUUCGAAUCAAACAAGAAAGAGUUCUAAAGGGUCAUCCGAUGAAAUGAUUGAAUUAGCGAAAACUGUGCAAGAUGGUAUGGCAGAUUUAGCAAUUUUUGAUGAAGAUUUACAUUACAAAAACUCUUCACCAGAAGAUAUGCAGAAGAAAAUGGAAUUUAUGAAAGCUGAUCUUCUUAAUAAAAUAAAAAAUAACGAGGAACCAACGUUGAGGAAAACAAGUAUUAGAAGGGGUUCUACAGAGGAGUCUAUUGAAGAACAAGUUGAAAAGGUCAAUGAUGAUGAUGAGCGUCCCAAGUCAAGAGGGAGAAGAAAUUCCAAUAUUUCUUUUUUCGAUGAUCUUACAGUUGAAGAAACAGCUGGUACGGUUACUAUUAAUCAAGACAAUAAUGAAAUGGAUGUUUUUAAACUAAAACGUGAGAAUAGUUCUCUAGAAAGAAAAUUGUCAGGGAAGCCUAUGGAAAAAUAUUGUAAAGAUAUAAUUCAAGAUAUAGAAAAGAGUAGUAAAGUUAUAGAUAGACAUAUGAAACAGUUUAAUAAUACCAAAUUGGAGAGUGACAAACUUGUACAGCAACUGCAGGCUGUAGAUAAAAUAAAUGAAUUUGUUAACUCCCAAGGUGAUAUUCCUGAAGAGGCUUUAAAGGAAUUAAAUAAUAAUUUCAAAAUUAUAUCAGAUCAAGUGCCUGUACCAAGAAAGAGAUCUAUAUCUGGAAGGAGGAGUUCAAGAGAAUCUAGGACUAAUUUAAUGGGGGAUGCCAGUAUGAGUAAUCAGGAUUUAUUAAAUGAUUUGCUAGGAAAGAAAUGAUGAAUGUUUAACAUCCUCUAUAUGGAAUUUUAUCAUGCAUAUCUGCAUCACAUAUUUCAUCAUAUCAUCUGCAUAUUUGUUUAAACGUGAAGUCAAUACUUACUAUGAUAAUAGUUUCUAUCUACAUUACGAUAUGUACAUAUCUUAAAGUAGUAUAUUCUCUCUAUAUAUCUAUAUGAUGAGCUACUGUAUCAUAAAAUACACUUGAUGUUUAAAUAUUCUGCUCAUUAAGAUUUUCCUACUGAUAUGGCCAUAUUCAAUGAAAUAUAGAUGAAUGAAUGAAAUGAAUGACCCUUCUUGGAUUAGAUAGGACCUUAUUAAUGUAUUUAUAAUAAUAAUAGGGACCAAUUUUAUUUAUUUUGUAUGUUUGUUUGUAAUGGUGGUGAUUUUCUCUAUCAUCUGUACGGUUACAUGAAAAUAUUUCAAUCAGUAAUCUAGUACCCAUACUACGAUCUCUGCUUAGUUUCGAACUAGAUGGCGUAGUGUGUGUAUUAAUUUAUUUAUUACUAUUUAUUUCUUUGGCAACGUUAUGUCUAAAUAUAUCGUCGGUUAAACAGAAAAAUUG